AAUCCUGAUUAUUUUCUUUCUGUCCAAUUUAUUUGGUUUAAAGACUAGGGUAGAAACGAAUUACCGUUCUCUCGUUGAACUCUGCGACCUCCGGUUCAUCUCUGUGUAGACAACUAAAAAAUAAGACAUUCCAAAGCAUUCGAAACAGAAUCACAUGGGCCGAGAUUCGAAUCUGCCCAACCGUCUACUGUUCCACCGACGUUCACCUGUCUCAAAUUUCCCAAAUUGACAAGUGACACCCCGAGUUCCUCCUCAGGGAAUAUUCGACUUUCAAGAAAAUUCUAUGAAGACUUCACCGUGAGCGGCGUCGCUGAUCCACGCGAGUCCUCCUCGAGAUUCUUCGCAGUGCGAUGAGAGCGUUCGUCCGCGGAUCUGGAAAAUGCACGCAAAAACGAGUCAAUGCAUGAAAAGCGAAGGGGACGUGGUGGUGGACACUGGCCACUGUCCAAAGUGUUCGGCGUCCCUCAGGUUCCUCAAGAAAGCCGGCCCGCUGGUGGUCAACGCGAGGCCGGAGCCCGUGAAGGUGGCUGUAAAACCCCCGGACACUGGCUACGCCAUGCAGAUCGUCUCCAUAGGAGUUAGGCCUGACAAUGUCUACGAGGCGAGAAUGCUGCUGGCGCCAGAAGUGGACAUGUCCACUAUCAAGAUCACGGUGAAGGGCAGCAACCUUCGCGUGAACGCAUGCAAGCCGUUGAACGAGCAACUGGCCAGUCAACUGCCGGAGAUCACCGAGAGGUCGGUGCUCGGUGAUCUCGUUAAGAGAACGAUGAGGCACUGCGAGAACCUGCUGAUACCGAGCGACAUCGACGGCGAGAAGGUGCGAGCCGUGGUGGACAAUAAGCAGAGGAUGCUGGUUCUCACGGCGCCCUCGCUGAAACCUAGUAAAGCGAGGAAGAAGUUAAUGACGAAGGGCUGA